AUGCAGUUUCGGAAGCUCUUGAAGAAACUGAUUGACGAUAUGUUACCUGAUUGGAGGGAUCAGUUUCUGUGUUAUAAGGUUCUGAAGAAGCAACUGAAGCAGAUAUACUCCACAAACAGUGGCAGUAAUAAGAGGAUGAAACUGACCGCUGGCGACGAGAUUGAUUCAGUGUCGGCGGACGACAAGGAGGUUGCUAAUUUCGUGAAAUUAUGCCAAGAACAGAUUGUUAAGUUCAACAAUUUUGUUCUUGAUAAACAAGAGUGGUAUAUUAUCAGAAUUGAGGUUCUAGAAGGUAAGUUGGUUGCAGCCAAAGAUUCAAACCAGGAGAUAGAGUUAAUGAAAGUUGGUAGAGAUCUGGUAGAUCUACAUGGGGAGAUAGUUCUCUUGUUAAAUUACAGUGCUCUUAAUUACACAGGAUUGGUGAAGAUAUUAAAGAAACACGACAAACUAAGUGGUAAACUAAGUGGUGCACUCGUUCGCUUGCCUUUCAUCCAAAAAGUUCUAAACGAGCCGUUUUACAAAACCGACGUGCUAAACAAUCUUGUGAAGAAAUGUGAGACGAUGCUCGGACAACUUUUCUCAAUGAAUGAACAACAAUUUGAAUCAACAAGAAGAAAAGAAGAUGAUGAACCCAAAAAGAAGUCUUUCGUUGAAGUUCCUAAAGAACUAAUCGACAUCAAGAACAUGGAGAACACGUACAUGAAACUCACGCUUUCGGCAUUAGAAAUAUUGAAGGAGAUUCGAAGUGGGAGUUCGGAUCAACAAUGUGUAAAGAUGGAGGAAUUGUGAAAAGAAGUUCCUGUUUUAGAAGAAGUUGCUAAGUAAACCUGUAAUUAACUCAAAAUCUAUGCGUAGUAACCUUUUAUUAUUCACUAGGUUAUAGACCAAGUAACACACGGAUUGGGUACCAAAAAUGAUACUUAUAAUAAUGAAAAAUUACAAUUUAUAUGUAUUUAAUGCAUAAUAAACAAUAUUUAAAAAAUGAUUGAAUAUAUACGUACUUUCUAACGUCUA